AUGCCGCCGACGAGCACGGGCCAAGUCCCCGAGCUCCACUCCAGCUCACCGGCAAGCAAGACGGCUGCGCUCACACGUCGCGCGCCUCCGUACCGCCGCCGCCAUCGCCUACAGGAGCUCGUCGCUCGGCGGGCGUUCACGACGGCGCCCGGCCCUGGGUCUUCGCCAACGGUCUCCACAGUCCCGUUCAACGGCGACCUGCAGCUGGUUUCGGUGCUGACUCCGCUGUUUACCUGCCGCGAAGCUGCCGGCGUUAUCAUCAGCCGACACGGUGCGCGUGUCAUGCAUAGCCGCAAAGCAAAGCUUUGCCGAGCUCCGCGCUCCGCUGAGCUGAGAGCCUUGCCUGCCUUCCGGGUGCUGAGCUGCCAGUGCAGCAGAGCGCAAAGCUCAACGCUGAAUGUGCCGAUUGAAGCUGCCGUUGAAGCUGCGGCAACCCUCCUGGUGGUGGGCAGCAUCCCGCUGGCUACUUCGAAGGACGACGAGCUGCUCGUCGGGUUUUGCGGUGCUCCGAUCCUGAAGUGCGCGUACCUAUCUGUCCGCGGCUUCUGA